UUGAGAACCAGGUUCUUAAAAACAAAGUGGUGCACCUCGAGGCAAUGCAAAAGGAAUGGCAAAAAAAGCUAGAUCGUCUUGAGAAGGAAUUAGAAACUGAGAGGGCACUCUGCCGUCAAACACAGGACGCACUGUUAAAGAAAUUUGCGGUCAUCCCUGUGGACACACCAACACAGCCAGGAAGCGAUGCUCAAAUGGGCCUCCUCCAAUCAGCGCAGGAGCUACGUGCUGCCUGGACCACACUGAACUCCCCUGAGAAUGCAACCGACAUGUGGAUGCAUGAACCAGUCACUGUGUGUCACCAGGAAACCUGUGCCGAACCUUUCAGUUGUACCCCUACCAUUGACAGUGUUGCUCGGAAUGAGGUAACGUCUCACAGCACACGAGAAUAUCAGAAAAUGAUGCCACAUCCACCAGAUGAGACCUGCACUACGUCGUCGACUCCCAUUGAUUCCCAACAGAGGAACAGCACAGCCAACAUUGAGUCCGUGACAGAGCCUCGCCAAAGACCUAAGGCAGCAUCAUGUGUACAGGGAAAGGGCAAAGCUCAGAACAGAAGCUCAGUUCCACUACUGAAGGCUGUUGAGACCAAGGUGCACAUGGGAAAUGACAUCUAUGUGAGCCAGGAGAAGCUAACAUGGGCGAUGGAAUCGAAGAAGGACUCCAGGUUUUCUCGUGAUAUGUCACGACUAGUAUGGACUGAUGAAGAGCUGCACGGAAGGAGCGUGACUGGCAAACACUGCAACCGUUUCGCAAAAGAGGGUGCAGUGCCCAGGCCUCCACUUACACCAGUCAAGGUCCAGGUAGUCUUUAAUGGGUACCACCAUUUUGUGCUGUCAAAAGAAUCCCCAGCACCAUCCAUGAAGAGGAUCAACGGUUUUGCGCUACACAUGAGCAGCUUGCUCAAUGAUUUAAAUAAAGAGUAA